ACCGUUGUUAGCAUUAGCUUCGUCAAACCGCUGCUUGUGUCUGAUGAGCAGAAAUUUCAAAAGGCGGUUCUUUUGUGGUAUCUCAGAUCAAUAUUUGAUCACUUAAAGUAAAGAUGAGUUCAGUCCAGAAUCUGAGAGAGUUGAUCAACGAGCGACUAACUGCUGCUGCUGAAGAAAUAUUCACGGAAUUUGAGAAAACCAUCCUCCAGUACGAGGAGGAGAUCGAUCGUCAGCGCAGACUGCUGGAUAACAUCUGGAAAGCAGAGAUAAAGUUUAACACAACAGAUCUUCUACAACAAAAUGUCCAGGAGGAGAAUGUUGUUGCUGAGCAGAAUCUCUGCAACCAGGAGAAGAACUCCAAUGUGGACCAGGAGGACCCAGAGCCUCCAGAGAUGAAAGAGGAGCAGGAGGAACUGUGCACCAGUCAGGAGGGAGAGCAGCUUGUACUGAUGGAAGAGGCUGAUACACUGGUUCAGUGCAACUCCAACUGUGAAGAAAUAUCCAGAGAAAUAUUUGGAGUUUCUGAUAAACCACUCGGCCAGUUGGAUGAAGACAUCGAUGAUCAGCGCAGGCUGAAGGAUAUGAUCUGGAAACCACGAAUAAAGUUACACAGAAUUGAUCACCAACAUCAAGAUGUCUGUAAAGAGGGGAAUGGUCUCCCAAAUCAGCAUCUCUGUAACCAGGAGAACAAGUUACAUCUGGACCAGAAAGAUGCAGAACCUCCACGGAUAAUAGAGGACCAGGAGGAACUCUGCCCAAGUCAUCAGAGAAAGCAGAUUGUACUGAAUCAAGCGACUGACUCUUUACUAUCGAUUUCAACUGCUAUGGACAGUGACCUCAGUGAAUUGAAACCAAACAGCGGCCACCUCCUCUCUUAUAAUUCACCAGUGGCUGAGAGCCCACAUCAGGACGGAAGCAAGCUUGAAGACUCAUGUUCAACUAGAAAUACAACACCAAAACCAAAGAGUCAUAACAGUUGCAAUGUAGCCAAGUCUUCAAUGUCAGAACAUCACUGUGAUGUUGAUACAAGUGAAAAAUCUUUAAAAUGUGAUGUUUUUGGAAACAUUUUUAAGAAUACGUACCAAAUCAAGAAACAUCACCAAAUCCACAAAGGUGUAAAACCAAAUGCUUGCAAUGCAUGCGGACAAAGUUUUAGUUCAUGGUCUCAGCGGAAAGUCCAUAUGAAAAUUCACACCGAUGAGAAACGGUAUUCUUGUGAAAUAUGUGGGAAACAUUUCAGUCGAAGUAGUGAUCUGACUGUCCAUAUGAGAACUCACACAGGUGAGAGGCCAUAUUCUUGUGAAAGAUGUGGGAAACAUUUCACUCAACGUGGGCAGUUGACUGUCCAUAUGAGAACUCAUACAGGUGAGAGGCCGCAUUCUUGUGAAACAUGUGGGAAAAAUUUCAAUGAACGUUCUAAGCUGACUAUCCACAUGAGAGUUCACACAGGUGAGAAGCCAUAUUCUUGUGAAACAUGUGGGAAAAAUUUCAUUGAACGUUCUAAGCUUACUAUCCACAUGAGAACUCACACAGGUAAGAGGCCGCAUUCUUGUGAAACUUGUGGGAAAAAUUUCAGACGUGGUGAUCAGGUGACUGUCCACAUGAGAACUCACACAGGUGAGAGGCCAUAUUCUUGCGAAACAUGUGGGAAAGGUUUCAGUGUACGUUCUAAGCUGACUAUCCACAUGCGAGUUCACACAGGUGAGAAGCCAUAUUCUUGUGAAACAUGUGGGAAAAACUUCAAUGAACGUUCUAAGCUGACUGUCCAUAUGAGAACUCACACAGGUGAGAAACCAUAUUUUUGUGAAACAUGGGAAACGUUUCAGUCAAGUCAGUCAUCUGAUUCGACACAAGAGCUCACACAGGUGAAACACUAGUCCUGGAACAACAGUGGGACCAGAUCUCAGCAGAACACGAAUUCAUUCACAACGUUCAGGGUAAAAGUAGGUCUUGUAGAUUCUGUGAGUUUAUUGCAUUUCGGACUGCGACACAUGGAUCUAUCACAAUCUGCCAACCUGUCCAUUGGAUGUUUGGCAACUUUUCCAGAAGCACAUAACAUUUACGAAAGAAAAACAACUGGAGACGUCAUACUUCUGAGGAACAGCCUAAUAGUUUAUUACAUGUUGAUUAUCAGUUUCUGAUAGAGCUGAGCGUAAUGGAAAGAGAUGAUGUUGCUCUGAUUUAAUGUAGUGAAAAUGAGUUUACGCAACAACAUAGUUUUUUAUUUAAUUAUUUUGGUAAUUCUCAUGUUCAGUUCAUGUGUGUAUGUGAAUUGGUUGCAGUCCAGUUCAACUUAUGUCUAUACUUCUGUGGUUGGUCUUUGUUUUUUGUUUUUUCUUUUUAAAUGAAAUAAAAUGAAACCAGUUUCCAUUGCAGCUAAAUGUGGAAGUAACAGACCUGACUGGUUUCAUAUAAGGUAAAGCUUCAGCUUUCUGUAAGACAGUUGAAGUAAAAAGUUCAAGUUUUUUGCUCUACAUUUGUCUUUUAAAGUACAUAAAAGCUGUUGUAUUGGAUUCAAAUCAGGUAUCAUCCUGGUCCAGGUUCCAUUUUUCACUUUGUUCUUUAAAAAAUAAAAUAUAAUAGCGUGUGAUUUCUAAAACUUUUGAUCUGUCCAGAAAGGGCAGCACUGAGUCUUUACUGUUUCUUUUCGCGUGUUGAGAAAUUUGUGUAUUAUCUCCAAACAGAUGAAAGGAAAUCUUAGGUUUGUUAAUAAUGGAUCCAGAGAGUAGCAUGUACAAGAAAACAAGAUUGAGUUCAAAAUGGAAAGUGUGUAAAUGAGUUUGAGGACAAUGACUUCAGUCCAUGGCCACGAACUGUUCAAGAUGUCUUAUUAGGAUUCUCUGAUUCAGUGUCGAGGGCAGCAGUCAGGACGAGAAUCACCAGAAAAGCAGAGUGACUCAUUAAAAAGUGUUGAAAGAGCUGUUUCAGAUCUGUGACGUGGUUUAAAACCAGGCAGAAUAUUUUUACUUUCAAUUUUAAAUGUCUUGAUUUUAUUUUCCGAUCAUUUCAGAAUGAAUUUGAAAUCACCUGUUUCCUUUUUUCAAUUUUAAUUUUUGUUGGUUGUUCUCUGGUUUGUUUAAGUUCUUCACUUUUCUUGGUGUGAAAAAUCAGCAUCAUACACUGUCCUCUUUUUUCAAGUGUCUUGUAAGUAUUUGAAUUAUUUUAUACUUUUCAAAUAAAAUGACGAAAAUCUGCA